GGCGGCGCGCGGGGGGCGGAGGGCUCGGUGUGGCGCUAAAGGCGCGCGGCGGGCGGGCGGCGGGAGCUCGGGGCACGGCGGCGGCGGCCGGGCGCGACCCAGGGUAACUGGCAGUGUACACCUUCCCUUCCGACCAUGGCACAGAGGUCUGGACAGGAAGAUCCGGAGAGAUACCUCUUUGUGGACAGGGCUGUAAUCUACAACCCUGCCACCCAGGCUGACUGGACUGCUAAAAAGUUGGUGUGGAUCCCUUCCGAGCGCCAUGGGUUUGAGGCAGCCAGCAUCAAGGAGGAGAAAGGGGAUGAAGUCUUGGUUGAACUGGCAGAGAAUGGCAAGAAAGCACUAGUCAAUAAAGAUGAUAUUCAGAAGAUGAAUCCUCCCAAGUUCUCUAAAGUGGAAGACAUGGCAGAAUUAACCUGUCUAAAUGAAGCCUCUGUAUUGCAUAAUUUAAAGGAUCGGUAUUACUCUGGGCUCAUCUAUACCUAUUCCGGGCUGUUCUGUGUAGUGAUAAAUCCUUACAAGAACCUCCCGAUCUAUUCAGAGAACAUCAUCGAGAUGUACAGAGGGAAGAAGCGCCAUGAAAUGCCACCCCACAUUUAUGCAAUAUCGGAGUCUGCGUAUAGAUGCAUGCUGCAAGACCGUGAGGACCAAUCCAUUCUCUGCACAGGUGAAUCUGGUGCCGGGAAGACUGAAAACACUAAGAAGGUUAUUCAGUACCUUGCUCAUGUUGCUUCCUCCCAUAAAGGAAGAAAGGACCAUAAUAUUCCUCCCGAAUCACCCAAACCCGUGAAACACCAGGGGGAGCUGGAGCGUCAGCUUCUUCAGGCGAAUCCCAUUCUGGAAUCCUUCGGGAAUGCCAAGACAGUGAAAAAUGACAACUCCUCCCGCUUUGGCAAGUUCAUUAGGAUUAACUUCGAUGUUACUGGUUAUAUCGUUGGGGCCAACAUUGAGACGUACUUGUUGGAAAAGUCUCGCGCUGUUCGUCAGGCUAAGGAUGAGCGGACGUUUCAUAUCUUCUAUCAACUACUCGCUGGAGCAGGAGAACACUUGAAGUCUGACCUGCUGCUUGAAGGAUUCAACAACUACAGAUUUUUAUCUAACGGCUACAUCCCCAUUCCUGGGCAGCAAGACAAAGAUAACUUUCAGGAGACUAUGGAAGCGAUGCAUAUCAUGGGAUUCUCGCACGAUGAGAUCUUGUCAAUGCUGAAAGUGGUGUCUUCGGUGCUGCAAUUUGGAAACAUUUCCUUUAAGAAGGAGAGGAAUACGGAUCAAGCUUCUAUGCCAGAGAACACGGUCGCACAGAAGCUCUGCCAUCUGCUGGGAAUGAAUGUCAUGGAGUUCACCCGGGCCAUCCUGACCCCGCGCAUCAAAGUGGGCAGAGACUACGUCCAGAAAGCCCAGACCAAAGAACAAGCAGACUUUGCAGUGGAAGCUUUGGCAAAGGCCACCUACGAGCGCCUCUUCCGCUGGCUUGUUCACCGCAUUAACAAAGCUUUGGACAGGACCAAACGACAGGGAGCGUCUUUUAUUGGAAUUCUGGAUAUUGCUGGAUUUGAAAUCUUCGAGCUGAACUCCUUUGAGCAACUCUGCAUUAACUACACCAAUGAGAAGCUUCAGCAGUUAUUUAACCACACGAUGUUUAUCCUGGAGCAAGAGGAAUACCAACGAGAGGGUAUAGAGUGGAAUUUCAUUGACUUUGGACUGGAUCUGCAGCCUUGCAUUGACUUAAUCGAAAGACCUGCCAAUCCUCCUGGUGUGUUAGCGUUACUGGAUGAGGAAUGCUGGUUCCCUAAAGCUACUGACAAGACAUUUGUGGAAAAACUGGUCCAAGAGCAAGGAACCCACUCCAAGUUCCAAAAGCCAAGACAGCUGAAGGACAAAGCAGACUUCUGCAUUAUUCACUAUGCAGGGAAGGUAGACUACAAGGCAGAUGAGUGGCUGAUGAAGAACAUGGACCCCCUGAAUGACAACGUGGCUACACUUUUGCACCAGUCUUCUGACAAGUUUGUUGCAGAGCUUUGGAAGGAUGUGGAUCGUAUUGUGGGUCUGGAUCAGGUCACUGGGAUCACAGAGACCGCUUUUGGCUCUGCGUACAAGACCAAGAAGGGCAUGUUCCGUACUGUUGGGCAACUGUACAAAGAAUCUCUCACCAAGCUGAUGGCAACGCUCCGAAACACUAAUCCCAAUUUUGUUCGCUGCAUCAUUCCAAAUCAUGAGAAGAGGGCUGGAAAAUUGGAUCCACAUCUGGUUCUAGAUCAGCUUCGUUGCAACGGUGUUUUGGAAGGAAUAAGGAUUUGCCGACAAGGAUUUCCAAACAGGAUAGUGUUCCAGGAAUUCAGACAGAGGUAUGAGAUCCUUACUCCCAAUGCAAUUCCGAAGGGGUUUAUGGAUGGUAAACAGGCCUGUGAGCGUAUGAUCAGAGCCUUAGAGCUGGACCCCAACUUAUACAGAAUUGGACAGAGCAAGAUUUUUUUCCGAGCUGGUGUCUUGGCACACUUAGAAGAAGAACGAGAUCUGAAGAUCACAGACAUUAUCAUCUUCUUCCAGGCAGUCUGUAGAGGAUACCUGGCUAGGAAGGCCUUUGCAAAGAAACAGCAGCAACUGAGUGCACUGAAAAUCCUGCAGAGGAAUUGCGCUGCGUACUUAAAGCUCAGGCACUGGCAGUGGUGGAGAGUCUUCACGAAGGUGAAGCCUCUUCUUCAAGUCACUCGUCAAGAAGAAGAACUUCAAGCCAAGGACGAGGAGCUAAUGAAGGUGAAAGAGAAACAGACAAAAGUGGAGGCAGAACUUGAGGAGAUGGAAAGGAAACACCAACAGCUUCUAGAAGAGAAGAACAUUCUUGCAGAGCAGCUACAGGCUGAGACCGAGCUCUUUGCAGAAGCUGAGGAGAUGAGGGCUCGCCUGGCUGCCAAAAAACAAGAGCUGGAAGAAAUUCUCCAUGAUUUGGAGUCCAGGGUUGAGGAGGAAGAGGAAAGAAACCAAAUAUUGCAGAAUGAGAAAAAGAAAAUGCAGGGCCAUAUCCAGGACCUGGAGGAGCAGCUCGAUGAGGAGGAGGGAGCUCGGCAGAAGUUGCAGCUUGAGAAAGUAACAGCUGAAGCGAAGAUCAAGAAGAUGGAGGAAGAGAUCCUGCUGCUGGAGGACCAAAAUUCCAAGUUUGUGAAGGAAAAGAAGCUGAUGGAGGAUCGCAUUGCUGAAUGUACUUCUCAGCUGGCUGAAGAAGAAGAAAAGGCCAAAAACUUGGCCAAACUCAAGAACAAACAGGAAAUGAUGAUCACUGAUUUGGAAGAGCGCUUAAAAAAGGAGGAGAAGACCCGUCAGGAGUUAGAAAAAGCUAAAAGAAAACUUGAUGGUGAAACAACAGACCUACAGGACCAAAUAGCUGAGCUGCAAGCCCAGAUUGAAGAGCUGAAGAUUCAGCUGGCCAAGAAGGAGGAAGAGCUGCAGGCUGCUCUUGCUAGAGGUGAUGAAGAAGCAGUUCAGAAAAACAAUGCACUGAAGGUGAUAAGAGAGCUGCAGGCGCAGAUCGCAGAGCUGCAGGAGGAUCUGGAGUCGGAGAAGGCGUCACGCAACAAGGCAGAAAAGCAGAAAAGAGAUUUAAGUGAAGAGCUGGAGGCUUUAAAAACUGAACUGGAAGAUACGUUGGAUACCACUGCAGCCCAGCAGGAGCUGAGGACAAAGCGUGAGCAGGAGGUGGCUGAACUCAAGAAAGCAAUUGAAGAGGAAACCAAAAACCAUGAAGCACAGAUCCAGGAAAUCAGGCAGAGGCAUGCUACUGCCCUGGAAGAGCUCUCUGAGCAACUUGAGCAGGCCAAAAGGUUCAAAGCAAAUCUUGAAAAAAACAAGCAAGGCCUAGAGUCUGACAACAAGGAGCUGGCCUGUGAAGUGAAGGUGCUGCAGCAGGUCAAGGCAGAGUCUGAGCACAAGAGGAAGAAGCUUGAUGCUCAGGUCCAAGAGCUGACUGCUAAGGUCACCGAAGGCGAAAGAUUGAGGGUGGAGCUGGCGGAGAAGGCUAACAAGCUGCAGAAUGAGUUGGAUAAUGUCUCAAGCCUCCUGGAGGAAGCCGAGAAGAAAGGCAUUAAGUUUGCCAAGGAUGCGGCUAGUCUGGAAUCUCAGCUUCAGGAUACGCAGGAGCUGCUUCAGGAAGAAACCCGCCAGAAACUCAACCUGAGCAGUAGGAUUAGGCAGCUAGAAGAGGAGAAGAACAACCUGCAGGAGCAGCAGGAAGAGGAGGAGGAAGCCAGAAAGAACUUGGAGAAGCAGAUGCUCGCCUUGCAGUCACAGUUGGCUGAUGCUAAGAAAAAGGUAGAUGAUGAUUUGGGAACCAUUGAAGGCUUGGAGGAAAAUAAGAAGAAACUAUUGAAGGACAUGGAGUCCUUGAGCCAGCGCCUAGAGGAGAAGGCAAUGGCUUAUGACAAACUGGAAAAGACAAAGAAUCGCCUGCAGCAGGAGCUGGAUGACUUGAUGGUGGAUCUGGAUCAUCAGCGCCAGAUUGUUUCUAACUUGGAGAAAAAGCAGAAGAAGUUUGAUCAGAUGCUGGCAGAAGAAAAGAACAUUUCUGCCAGAUAUGCAGAGGAAAGAGAUCGUGCUGAAGCAGAAGCAAGGGAGAAGGAAACCAAAGCACUGUCUCUGGCUCGGGCUUUGGAAGAAGCCCUGGAAGCUAAGGAAGAAUUUGAAAGACAGAACAAACAGUUGCGCACAGAUAUGGAAGAUUUAAUGAGCUCUAAAGAUGAUGUGGGCAAAAAUGUCCAUGAACUGGAGAAGUCAAAAAGAACUUUAGAGCAACAGGUUGAAGAGAUGAGGACUCAACUUGAGGAACUGGAAGAUGAACUGCAGGCCACAGAAGAUGCUAAGCUUCGUUUGGAGGUGAACAUGCAAGCUAUGAAAGCCCAGUUUGAGAGAGAUCUGCAAGCCAGAGAUGAACAGAAUGAAGAGAAAAAGAGGAUGCUGGUCAAACAGGUACGAGAGCUGGAGGCCGAGCUGGAAGAUGAGCGCAAGCAGAGGGCUCUGGCUGUGGCAGCCAAGAAGAAGAUGGAGAUGGAUCUGAAAGACCUGGAAGGGCAGAUAGAGGCUGCAAACAAGGCUCGGGAUGAGGCAAUCAAACAGCUACGUAAGCUCCAGGCUCAAAUGAAAGACUAUCAGCGGGAGCUGGAAGAAGCCCGUGCAUCCAGGGAUGAGAUCUUUGCACAAUCCAAAGAGAGUGAAAAGAAGCUCAAAGGUCUUGAAGCAGAAAUACUUCAGCUCCAAGAGGAAUUUGCUGCCUCUGAAAGGGCCCGUCGCCAUGCUGAGCAAGAAAGGGACGAGCUGGCUGAUGAGAUUGCAAACAGUGCUUCAGGAAAGUCAGUGCUGCUGGACGAGAAGCGCCGGCUGGAGGCUCGUAUUGCCCAGUUGGAGGAAGAGCUCGAGGAAGAGCAGAGCAACAUGGAGCUCCUCAACGAGCGCUUCCGAAAGACCACGCUGCAGGUGGACACGCUCAAUUCGGAGCUGGCCGGGGAGCGGAGCGCGGCCCAGAAGAGCGAGAACGCGCGGCAGCAGCUGGAGAGGCAGAACAAGGAGCUGAAAGCCAAGCUGCAGGAGCUGGAGGGCUCCGUCAAGUCCAAGUUCAAGGCAACAAUUUCUACCCUAGAAGCCAAGAUUGUGCAGCUCGAGGAGCAGCUCGAGCAGGAAGCCAAGGAGAGAGCAGCUGCAAACAAACUGGUCCGUCGUACAGAGAAGAAACUGAAAGAAGUCUUCAUGCAGGUGGAGGAUGAGCGUCGACACGCAGACCAGUACAAGGAGCAGAUGGAGAAGGCAAAUGCCAGAAUGAAGCAGCUCAAGCGCCAGCUGGAGGAGGCUGAGGAAGAGGCCACACGUGCAAACGCUUCCCGGCGUAAACUUCAGCGUGAGCUGGACGAUGCCACAGAGGCCAACGAGGGCCUGAGCCGGGAGGUCAGCACCCUGAAGAACAGGCUACGGAGGGGGGGGCCCAUCACCUUCUCCUCGAGCCGAUCCGGGCGGCGGCAGCUCCACAUCGAAGGGGCCUCUCUGGAGCUCUCGGAUGACGACGCGGAGAGCAAAGGCAGCGACGUGAACGAGGCGCAGGCGGCCCCGGCCGAGUAGAGCCCGUCCCUGGGCAUGCAGAGACCUUCCCGCAGCGGGCACAGGAGCGCGAGGACUCUCCUGAGCACUAGGGCUGCCACACGGCCCUCAACCUGCCUUACGGAACGCCGGCAUGCUACUACAAGGUUACGUAUCGUAGGUCAACUAUGUCUUAAGGCUCUCCAGCCUCACCAUACUGUACCCUGCUUCAGAUAUAGGUACAACUGCUUUUUUAUAUAUAGCAAACGAAACGGGAUCGUCUCUGUUCAGUGCAUCUAUUUUCCGGAUACUCAUUGUAAAGCCAUUUUAUAAAGCAUCAUGUGAAGGAUGAAACUCUUUUUUGUUUUUUAAUCAACACAGAAACUUCAUUCCCGGCGGGUGGGUGGUUGGGACAGACGCGGUGUCACGACGAUGCAUGCUUUGUACAGACAACAUCCCUCCCCUCCUCCUGUGCUCGGGCAGCCCUUGGGCACGCUGAGCCUGUUGGAUCGUUGAAGACCAAACCUCACCCGUAUCUUUCUUUUUCUCCUAAUUGUUGUGAUCAGUCGCACACAAUCAGCGUGAACUGUGAAAAGGCCUCGGGAAGCGUUAGGGGAAGCGUAGGGAUGAACGAGUAGUGUCCAGUUGUACCCUGCAGUGUCAUUGGGAAGUGUUCUCGGCACUCCCCCGUUCGCGCUCGCGCAGCACAGGCCGGGGGGGCAGCGCGCACAGCCCCGCGCUCGGCACGGCCCUGGCCGCGGGGCAGCUCACACAGUGCGAACACCAGGAACGCCCGGGGCCGGCGCGGGCACAGCUAAUUUAUUAACUUAUGGCCCCGAGAGCGGGCCCGGGCCCGAGCGGCUGCUGCGGGGCCGCGGGUGCUGCCACCUGCAGGUAACAUGCCAGUGGAUGUGAAUCCUCUUUUGUUGUUGUUGUUUUAUUUCUUGUUUUGAGCAGUAUUACAGCGGUAGUUUAGCGUUCUUUUGUUUAAAUAGCUGGAAACUGACAUUACAGAAAGUGCCUUAGACACUACAGUACUAAGACAAUGUUACAUAUAUAAUUUGCCUCUAUAACAAUGAUUUAAUGUAUUAAUUUUGACUGUGCUUCAUAUCAUGUACCUCUCUAGUCCAAGUGGUAUUAUGGAUAUUAGUGACAAUGAAUCAGUGUUAACUAGGAACCUUCCUCUGCCACAUGCUCAAACGACGUGGAUUUCCUUUUUGGUUAAAAGCUUUAACAUCCGUCGCAAAGGUUUUGUUGUGUGUGUUUGGAUAUUUUUAAUCAAACUGGCUGUUGACCACCAGGCAUCUGACUGCAAAUAUCUUGUUUUCUUGUAUACCCAUAUUUCUAGACAAUGAUUUUUGUAAGACAAUAAAUUUAUUCAUUAUAGAUGCGGCCGCCUGCUCUGUUUACUUACCGGAAGAGCUCUCUCCUGAGGCUGGCAUAGACCUUAAUAAAUGAGAAUAUGACUGGAA